AUGGAGGUUUUUCGUGCAAGCUCUACAGGAUUGGAGCUAACCAUGUCCAUAGGAUUUUCCUCAUCUCCAUCUCUUCCUUCCUCUGGUGAAGGUGGUGGCCUAAUGAGAGAUUUGGACAUAAACCAAGUACCCUCAGGAGCAGAAGAAGAAUGCAUGGAUGAAGAAGAUGAGAGCCCCAAUGGAGGCCCUCCCAGAAAGAAACUCAGACUCACAAAGGAACAGUCUCGUCUCCUUGAAGAAAGCUUCAGACAAAAUCAUGCCUUGAACCCUAAGGAGAAGGAGGCUUUGGCAAUGAAAUUGAAGCUAAAGACACGGCAAGUUGAGGUGUGGUUUCAAAACCGUAGGGCAAGGAGCAAGCUGAAACAAACAGAGAUGGAAUGUGAGUACUUGAAAAGAUGGUAUGGUUCACUGACAGAACAAAACAAGAGGCUACAAAAGGAGGUGGAAGAGCUAAGGGCCAUGAGGGUUGGCCCGCUGACCCUGAUUUCACCGGACCGCCAUGAGCCCCUCCCAGCAUCCAGCCUCUCCAUGUGCCCUCGAUGCGAGCGUAUCACUACCAGUACCGGCCUAGACAAGGGCCCUACCAAAACCACCACCAUUACUGCCACCACGACCCACCCCGCCACCUUGUCUGGUAAAGUGCCCACUUUUCGGUCCCGACAUCCCUCGGCAGCUUGUUAGGUCAGCUUUCCCUACUGUAAUGUCUCCAUGAAAAGAAAAGGAGAGACUAGAAUCAUUAGGUGAUGUUCAUAAUAGUGGUACUGUUAGGUCA